UAGGAAGCAGUAAAAAUGACAAACGGCAAGAAAGCAAGAAAAGAACCUUACACCGACUUUUUUUCCUUGAGCCCAGCUGCCGGCUUCUGUCUCUGCUCUUGCUCCGACCAACGCUCAAACUCAAUUUUCAGACUGCGGGAAACCAACCGCUCCGCAGUGCUGUUCUGUAGCCCAAUGGUAGAUCUGGGGAAAGGUGCCUCUUUCCCUACUGCUGAUAAUCCUUUUGCAAGGCUUCCUGAUCAUAUAUUGGUAGAGAUUUUCAUUCGGGUACCCAUAACAGAGUGGAGCCAGUUAUCUUGCGUUAAGAAACAAUGGGCCAAUCUGUUCCAAGAAGAAUGCUUGUGGCAUGCUGCUCUAAUCAGGACUUUUCCUUUCGCUGGCCUAGCCAAACGGUGGCCUGGGCCUAUCCCUCGAGGGAUGAGCAAAAGGAGGUAUGCUGCAUUGUACAUAAGUAAACACAUGUUUUCUUUGGAUGAUGAAGUGGAUGAGAUCGUAGGCCACAGUUAUUUGUUUCUGAAAGAACAGCUAGAAAUUUCAAAAAUGCCUCCUCCAUCCGGGAUACUUCACGGGACUAUAAUAGAUCAGUUUAUUGCAUGCGGUAAAUCAAGGGAUAAGGCACAUGAACUGGCAUCGUUAAUCUGGUUGGCUGUGAUCGACAACAUGGAAGAAAAUGAACAAACACUUCUCAUACUUAAGCGUCUGGCAUCAGAGGGAGACGUUAUUUUGCCUUUCCCGUACUCUAGGUCUUCCAAAGUUCAGUGGAGAGUGUUUGACAGACUCUUUACAGAUUUUCGCGACUGCCUGAAUCAUGUCAAGUACUGUGAGAUACUGGCAUAUGCUAAACAAAGAUUUCAGCCGAUACCAUCAAGUUGGUUGGGUUACUAGCCAAGCGAGCACAAUCAGGUUCACUAUUUCAUACAUAGUUGUACACCAAAACUGAAUCCCCGUCAAGAUGUUGAAUAUACUUUUUUGCAACGCGGGGUGUUUACUCAAAUAAUUGACUCUAUAUUUGUAUAGUGCUGGUUGUUUGCAUGACAUGUAAAACAUGCGCCUCACCAAUCCUCCCGUUAUAUUUUUCAAGUUGUUAUUUCAUACUGUCUGUAUAUUGUACUUUUUUUUGAGUGACGAGGAAAACUUGCAGCCAUUAUU